CGUGAGACGACUGCAAAGGAAGCAGCAAGGAGCUGUGAAUUCGAUCGCCUGAUAUCCAAAACAGAGCAUCAACCAUGUGUUUUGGCAACCAGAAUGAGAGGAACACCGAUCCUCCUGCGAGGCCGGUGCAGAAUUAUGACGGUGCAAGGACAAAUCUGACGAGUCAGUAUUCAGCGCCGCCGCCAGGAUAUCAGAGUCAACAGCACCACCACCAGAAUAGACCGUACGACGACUUCGCCCCCCCUGCUGGACCGCCUCCUGGUCGACGGCAAGAAGAAGACUUUGCACCUCCUCCUGGCCCUCCUCCAGGACGACAGCAGCAGGACGAUUAUGCUCCUCCCCCAGGGCCGCCUCCUUCUCAUCAGCAGGGCGACUUUGCGCCGCCGCCUGGACCGCCGCCGUCUGCCAGCAAGGGCGAUUGGAUUGCUCCCCCAUCGGACCCCUAUGGUUCUCAGCCUUCCAAAAGCCACGACUGGCAGGCUGCCGUGCCAGACACUUCUCUCUUCCCACCGCCUCCUAUGAUAUUCAGUGGCUACGAUGCGUCGCCUGCCAACAAUGCGACUGAGGCGGAGGCAGAGGCGGGCGAGGAAUGGUGCCGACAGUAUCCCAUGGUCAGGCCCAUCGUGCUCGACCAGCCGGGCAAGAAUGCGCUGCAAUCCAACAACUUCCGACUCCUGGAGCCGGCGGGCUUUAAUGGUUCCCUGAACUUCCUUGCGCCGGGCCACUGGGAGGGCCACACAAACAAGAAUAGCCCCGACCGCUGCAUCAUCGGCUACCCGCCUCUCUACGUGGUCAACGAGCACGACCCUACGGCAACCAACCAGCCAAAGUCUAUCUACUACGAGGUGACUAUUCGCCACAACAGCCCCACCGUCAAUCUGGCUCUGGGCUUCACUGCCCUCCCCUAUCCAUCCUUCCGCCUGCCAGGAUGGCACCGCGGCAGUCUGGCUGUCCACGGAGACGAUGGUCACAAGUACAUCAACGACCGAUGGGGCGGCAAGGACUUUACGACGGAGUACCGUGCAGGCGAUACGUACGGCAUUGGCAUGACGUUUACGCCGACGGGCACGCACAGGCCUCGCGUUGACAUCUUCUUCACGAAGAACGGCAAGCGAAUUGGUGGAUGGGAUCUCCAUGAGGAGACGGACGCUGAGCAGGAUUUGCCGGUUACGGGGCUGGAGGGCUUUCAUGACUUGAGUUGUGCGAUUGGAGCGUUUGAUGCGACGAGCUUUGAGGUUGUGUUUGACCCGGCCAAGUGGCUGUACAGGGAGGCUAGAUUUGAUCUCUGAUGAAGGAGUGACGGCUUGGUGAGAUGAGUGUGACUACGGUUAUGACGAGAUUUGAUGGGAUACAGCGGUUACUUUGCGAGCUGUGUUAGACGGGCUAUUUAAAAUGAUUUUAGAGUGCGAGUGCUGGGAUGAGUAGAUGGCUAGACUAACGAUGACGGUGAGCGUUUGAUUUGUCUUUAAUGAAUCCCAUUAACUUUAAGGGAUGGAUGAGUAGUACAUAGCAUGGUUACUAGCCCUCCUCAGCAUGCUGCCCAUACCAUUACCCCUUGUU